CAUCUCUCCACAGCUGAAGCUUUAUUCUUUCAACUGUGCACAGCAAGUCAGGAAGGAUGAAGCUCUACAUUUUCUUCAUAUAUAUCAUGGGUUAUCUGCUGCUGACGAGUCAAGAUGAGCAGUCAUGGGAGUCGAUGUUGGAACGCUUCGAAUAUCCUGAUCAAGACAACACAUCUUCUAACUAUCCAGAAUCUGCCGCUCCGUGCUCCCUGCAAGUGCCUGAGUUUAACUCGCUCGCCAUCAUGAUCGUCUACAUCGUCGUGUUUUUGUUCAGCCUCAUUGGCAACAGCGUGGUGGUCUACGUGAUCUGCUCCAUGAGCAACGGCAGAAACAGCACAGACAUCUACCUGAUGCACCUCGCCUUUGCGGACCUCCUCUUCUGUUCCACCCUGCCCGUCUGGGCCGUCGACUUUCACUUCGGCUGGGUCUUUAGCAACUUCUCGUGCAAGCUCUUCUCGGCCUUCCAGGAGGCGUCCGUGUACUGCGGCGUCUUCCUGCUGGUGUGCAUCAGCGUGGACCGGUACUUUGCCAUCGUGAGAGCCAAGCGAGUGCUGUCCUCGCGCCACCUGCUGGUGAGGGUGAUCUGCGGCGUCGUGUGGCUAAUGGCCGGCUUGCUGUCUCUACCUGUGGCGAUUAAAAGAGAGAAAAUCUAUGCCCCCGAACUGAAGCAGUACAUUUGCUACGAGAACAUAACCGGGGAAAGCAGCGACCAGUGGCGGGUCAGCCUCCGGGUCCUGCGGCACACGCUGGGCUUCUUCCUGCCCCUGGUGGUGAUGGUGUUCUGCUACGGCUGGACGGUGGGCUCGCUGUUCAAAAUGCGCAGUCAACAGAAGCACAAGGCCAUGCGCGUCAUCAUAGCGGUGGUGCUGGCGUUCAUUCUCUGCUGGCUGCCGUACAACGUCACCGUGCUCACCGACACCCUCAUUCGAGGCGGCUCGCUCGCGGACACCUGCGAGACCCGCUACAGGGUGGAGACGGCGCUGCAGGUGACCAAGGUUCUCGCCUUCAUGCACUGCAUGGUCAACCCCCUCCUCUACGCCUUCAUCGGGCAGAAGUUUCGGAACGAGCUGCUGACGACUCUGUACAAGCAGGGCAUCAUCAGCAAGAAGCUGUGGAUGUCCUACAGGAAGGGCUCUGCGGGCAGCGUGGCCAGCUUCAGGUCAAGGAACACCUCUGUGUCAGUGGUCAAUGCUGAUGGAUCGUGGGGAGUGGUGGCCUAGUGAUGAAAGCAGCAUGCCUGGAUUGUGAGACGGCUACAAGAACCUGCUUCAAACCCAGCAGACUACCACUAUGGGCUCCUGAGACGGACCCCUGAUUGCUCCCUGGGCAGCGGACGCAAUAAAGCACUGCUCCCUAAGGGAUGGGCUCAAUGCAGAAGACUAAUUUAGCUGGAAUGCAGAAUUUCAAUGACAAAUAAAUAUUUCAUUCUGUCUCCCUGAUAGGUAAAACAAUUCUGUCGUGUGGAAGUAUGUGGGCAGCCAGCCAGACAAACACUUUAUUUAUAUCCCGAGGGAUACUCAAUUAUCCAGGAGCAUACAAA